UAUUUUGUAUUGAAAUGGCGUCCACGCAAAGGGCGUUUGCACAAAAAUUAUCAAAACAACAUGCCGCUGAUGUACGUCGAAAUGUUUCUUGUACAAAAAGUGGACUUUUAUCACCUUCUUCAUCGGGGUGGAUAAACGAAGUAGUAGAACCUUUAGAAUUCGAAGAUUUCUUACAAAGUUAUCAAAAUUUAAUAGAUCGUGACCCUUUAAGAGCUAUUCUAGAUAUACCACAAGGAGAUGUUGAAGUGGAAAUAUUAGAUAGGCCUAUAAGAACUAUACGUCCAAUUUUACCCGAGGAAAAACUUGACACUUUACCUCCUCAUGUCCAGACUUGUGUAGAAUGUUAUAAAUCUUGUUGGAAGAUCAUUCGAUAUAAUAGUAGAUCUUACAGUAGCAGCGUUUCUAGUAGAUCUAAUCUCUGCAAAGAACUACCCCUUACACCAAAACAAGAAUUUGAAGUUGAUUUCCAAGCUCCUCCUUCAGAAUCUAGCAGUGAAAUCGAUUUGACCUCACAUAGUAGUGGUAGACAAAGUGUAGUUUCUAUUGCUUCAGUUUCAUCAUGCGGAGAUACAUUAACUCCAAGAAAUUCUUGGGCUUCUUUAGAUCUUCGACAUUCAGCAGGAGAUCCUCUAAUUUUGGAAAUAUUAGAACAUCCCGUACCAGAAACUAUGGAUCAGUUAAAUGAAACUAGAAGACAAGUAGAAAGACAAGACGCUUUAUUUAAUUUGAUAACAUCAGAGGUUCAUUUUGAAGCAAACGAACCUGCAGAAAAAAGAUUACCUGCCAUUGCACCUUAUGAACACAUGGGACAUAGGGUGUUGGUCAAAUGCCAACAACUAACAAUGGAUAUAGAAGUGGAACCACUUUUUGCUUCGAUGGCUAUGUAUGAUUGUAAGGAACGUAAAAAAGUAUCAGAGACAUUCUAUUUUGAUUUGAAUCCGGAAGGUUUGAAAAGGAUGCUGGGAGGACACGUGCCUUAUAGUGAUACUAGUUCUUUAGCUAGGGGUUGUAUUUUCAAUAUAUCUCAUCCUAGUCCUGAUUUAUUCAUCGUAAUAAGAUUAGAGAAAGUUUUACAAGGUGAUAUAAGUGAAUGUGUCGAACCGUAUCUCAAAGAAGACAAGAAUCGUGAUAAACUAAAAUCAAUUGCUGUUUCUGUUUGCGAACGUUUGGGGAAAUAUAGACAAGCUUUUGCUUGGACAGCGAUUAAUUUGGUGAAUGUUAUUAAUGGUGGAAAUUCAUUGGAAAGAGAUUCUGAUAGAGAUUUAAUAGGGGGUGGUUCUAAUACGAACAGUUUGGAUAGGAAAUCUUCGGCUAGUGGUCUUGAACAAUUAAGACGGAGAGCAACAGAUAUGGGCACUUUAACUAGAAGAGGUUCAUUGGAGAGACAGAAUAAAAGACGUUCGUGGUCGCCUGAUCAUUUAGCAAACAGUAUUGAUUCAUUCCGACCGAUAACUUUGACAAUGUCUUCGUUUUUUAAACAAGAAAGUGAUAAACUUAAAGAUGAAGAUUUAUAUAAAAGUUUACAAGAACUUAAAAGACCCACGUUGGUUUUGAAAAAAUUAAAAUGUAUACCGGCUACUUUGAAAUUAGAAAUAUCUCCAUGUCCGACAGAAUUAAGGAAUUGUUUGACACCGGAAUUGGCAAAACUUCGUCCUUAUAUAGACGAGAAAAGUAGACCAAUAAAAGAACUAUUAGAAUUCCCCAUAAAAGAAUUACUCGUACCCCAUUACACCUACAGAAAUCUCCUGUUUGUCUCACCAAAAGAACUCAAUUUUUCAAAUAGAACGGGUUCUUCGCGUAACCUUGCCGUUCGAGUUCAAUUAAUGGCCGGAGAAGAGGAAAAGAACGCCCUAUAUAAUAUUUUCGGUAAAUCUAGUUGUCCGGAAAUGUUAAACGAAGCUUAUUGUGGAGUUACUUAUCACAAUAAGAACCCUUCUUUUUACGACGAAAUCAAAAUUAAAUUACCAGCCGCUUUAGCCGACAAUCAUCAUCUGCUAUUUUCUUUUUACCACAUAUCCUGCCAGAAGAAACUCGAUCAAAACACAGUGGACACACCAGUAGGAUAUACAUGGUUACCUUUAUUGAGAGACGGUCGUUUAAUAUCUGGUGAAUUUUGUUUGCCCGUAAUGCUGGAACCUCCACCGAGAAAUUACAGUUACAUUCCGCCGGAUGUGUGUUUACCUGGAACCAAAUGGUUAGAUAAUCAUAAAGGAUUAUUUACGGUUACUUUAGAUGCCGCUUCUUCCAUACAUACCGACGAUCCCCCCAUCGAGAGAUUUUUCGCCGCUUACGAUUUCGUACAUACCGGAAUCAUACCACAACGAUUGGGAGAAGUCGGAUCAGAAAACGAACUUAGAUCUGCUAUGUUGGGUUUGUCUGGUGCCAAACCGGAAACAAUAGUCAAGUAUUUACCGAUAAUUUUCGAUAACAUCAUCGAAUUAUUAGUGCAACCGCCCCGUUUGUCUGGUCACACUUUAAACGUCGGACAUACUUGUUUCGAAGCGAUUUGUUCGCUUCUAGAUAAAAUAUCGAACGUUCAAGAACUCCCAGUGGACCAACACGGUCGCAACCAACUAUUAGCGACUUAUAUCCAGUACCAAUGCAACAUGCCUCAUCCGUUAUCCAAUCAAAAUUCUCCCGAUUACGAAAAUUGUUCUUCGUCGAUGACUCGUAGUACUUCUAAUCCCGAUUUAGAAGUAGCCCAAGUUCAGUAUUCCCGAGGAUUGGAUAGGGCCGCUAGUAUGCGAGUACCCACCAACGAAUUGUUGAAUCCGAACGCUAGUAUUUGUCAAAGGAUUGUCCAUCAACAAUUAGCUCUACAAUGGGUCGUUUCCAGCGGUAGAUCCAGAGAUUUAGCCAUGCAAAAUGCCUGGUUUCUAUUCGAACUUAUAAUAAAAAGUAUGGUGGAACAUUUGUCCCAUACGAGAUUUUUGGACGCGCCGAGAAAAAUAAGAUUUUCCGAACAAUUUUUAGACGACAUAUCGACUUUAGUACAUACCGUUACCGCCGAAAUAAUUUCGCAUUCGACGAGCGAAACUCGAAAAGCGCACAAACUGAACGCGGCGUUGGCGUUCUUCUUUUUCGAUUUGUUAUCGAUAGCCGAUCGCGGUUGGGUGUUCCAACAAUUGAGAUCUUACAACAAACAACUCCAAGCGAAAAUAGCUUCGAUACAAGAUUCGGUUUUGGUCGAAUUGAAACUCGAGUUCGCUAGAAUCAUAUGCAGUCACGAGCAUUACGUCGCUUUGAAUCUACCGUUCGCUUCGCCGUUUAUGGCUACGGAUAGCAACGUUUCUCCAUCGCCGAGCGUCACCAGUUCGACUAGUCAGAAUUCGUUUUUAUCCGGGGCUCCGCCGAGUCAAGAAAGAGCCAGCACAUUCGCGGAAUUGUCUUCCGAAUAUAGACAACAUCAUUUUUUGUGCGGUAUAGUUUUGGCCGAUUUAGCUACCGUACUUUUGGAAAUGCACCAGCCCAGUUUACAUACAAAAGCGGUGGAUACUUUGAAGCAGUUAUUGUCUUGGCACGAUAGCGAUCCUCGAUAUAGCACCGUCGAAGCUAGACAAAGGGUAGCGGCUCUUUAUAUGCCUCUAUUAUCGAUAGCUAUGGACGUUUUACCUUUAUUACACCAUUUCGGUACCGAUAAAAGUCAAUAUACCAACGACGAUGUGGGUCCUAGUAACAUAAAUCAGACCGUAGCUAUGGCCAUAGCUGGAAAAUUACCGCCGAGUACUUGCGAUAGUUUUUCAACGUUGCAAUCGAGGAAAUUAGGUAUUUCGGCGGACGUUACUCGGAAUAUAUUAGCUUGCGUUUUGUGGUUGUUGAAAAAUAUCGAAAAAGAUUGUUUGUCUCAAUGGUUGAUUGAAUUGUCGCCGAAUCGUCUCGCUACGCUUUUACAUUUAUUAGACGCGUCUACUAGUUGUUUCGAAUAUAGACCGAGAAGAAGAGCGCCGCCGCCGUCGGGUUACGCUCACGCGCAGACGACGCAAGAUAUGAGAUCGAGAUUGGAGGACGUUAUUUUAGGACAAGGAUCCGCCAGGGAAAUGAUGCAAAGGAGAAAAGGUGGGGCGUCUCAAUCGUCGAACGAAAAAGUGCGUUGGCGUAAAGAACAACUGUACAGACCGACAUCGGAUUUCAUAGAACGUUCUCGAGACGAUUUAACUAACGAUAUACAUUUGGAGGGUCAUCUGGCUACCGAAGCUUCUUUCAUAAUUCUCGAUACGUUAGAACGUUGCGUCGCCACCAUAUCUCAAAGCGAUUCCCAACAACAUUUCGUCGGAUUAGCUUUGACCGUAUUGUUGCACGCUUUGGGAAAAAAUCAAAGUACGACGGUGUUACCACACAUGUUCGCAUCCCAAAGAAGUUUAGUCUUCAAGUUUCACAGCGCCUUGUUCGACGAAGAAAGUUCCCAUUGCGCCGAUUUGUGUUUGUUAUUAUUAAAACAUUGCGGUUCCCAGAUAGCUUCGGUGCGUUCCCAAGCCGCCGCCUCUUUAUAUCUAUUAAUGAGACAAACUUUUCAAAUAGGAAACAAUUUCGCGAGGGUGAAAAUGCAAGUGACGAUGUCUUUGAGUAGUUUAGUCGGAACUUCGGCGUCUUUCAGCGACGAUUCCCUACGUAGAUCCUUGAAAACGAUACUGGAAUACGGCGAAAGGGACAUCGAACUUCAAGAAACCACUUUCCCCGAACAAGUCAGAGAUUUGGUUUUCAAUUUACACAUGAUUCUAUCGGAUACGGUUAAAAUGAAAGAAUUCCAAGAGGAUCCGGAAAUGUUGUUGGAUUUGAUGUACAGGAUAGCGAAAGGGUAUCAGAAUUCGCCGGAUCUUCGAUUAACUUGGUUGGCGAAUAUGGCGCAGAAACACAUGGAGAGGGGCAACCAUACCGAAGCCGGUAUGUGUUUGGUGCAUUCGGCUGCUCUGGUCGCCGAAUAUUUGGCCAUGUUGGAAUCUCUGCCGCAUUUACCGGCCGGCGCCGCCGCUUUGCAACCGGUCAGUCCGAACGUUUUGGAGGAAAGCGCCGUUUCGGACGACGUUCUGAGUCCGGAAAAGGAAGGCGGUUGUCUCGGUUCGCAUUUCACCGAAGCCGGAUUGUUGGGAUUAUUGGAACAGGCCGCUAGUAGUUUCAACGGCGCGGCUAUGUACGAACCCAUGAACGAUAUAUACAGAGUGUUGAUUCCGAUCGCCGAAAAUAAUAGGGAUUUCAAAAAAUUAGCCAACAUUCACGGAAAGCUUCACGAAGCUUAUACUAGAAUCGAUCAAUUAUCCGGUAAAAGAAUGUUCGGAACGUACUUUCGAGUCGGUUUUUACGGUUCGAAAUUCGGCGAUUUAGAUAGAGAAGAAUUUAUAUAUAAAGAACCGACUUUGACGAAAUUACCGGAAAUAUUUAGUAGAUUAGAGAAUUUUUAUACGGAACGUUUCGGUGCCGAAAACGUGAUAAUCAUCAAGGAUUCGAAUACGGUCGACGCGAAUGCUUUAGAUGGCGAAAAAGCUUAUAUUCAAAUAACGUACGUGGAACCGUAUUUCGAACAAUACGAAUUGAGAUACAGGCAGACGCAUUUCGACAGGAAUUUCAAUAUAAAAAGAUUUGUAUACGCGACUCCUUUUACGAUGACCGGUAAAGCCCACGGAGAAUUGAAAGAACAAUACAAAAGGAAAACGAUACUGACUACCGCCGUUCAUUUCCCGUACGUCAAAACCAGGAUUCAAGUCGUUCUAAGAUCGCAAAUUACAUUAACACCUAUUGAGGUUGCAAUAGAAGAUAUCCAAAAGAAAACAGUAGAAUUGGCGAAUGCUACCAAUCAAGAACCUCCGGAUCCGAAGAUCCUGCAGAUGGUACUGCAGGGUUGUAUAGGUACGACCGUCAAUCAAGGUCCUUUGGAAAUGGCGACGACGUUUCUUCCGAGCGAUGGAAAAGCCUUAACCAGACACCAGAAUAAAUUGAGAUUGUGCUUUAAAGAUUUUUCCAAAAAGUGUCAAGACGCUUUGAAGAAGAAUAAGAAUUUGAUUGGACCGGAUCAAAGGGAUUACCAAAGAGAAUUAGACAGGAAUUAUAAGAGAUUCAUUGAAAAACUUCAACCGUUGGUGAAUCCGCAAAAUAUAACUAUAGUGAAUAAUAGUCCUAACAGAUAUCCUCACGCGGAAAAUUCACCUUUAAGAUGGUAGAAAAACGAAAAAUUUUAUUAUAAACAUUUCAAGUAAUCGAUACUAAAAAUUUGAUUCAAAAGUGUAGUAGCGAAACAAAGUUACAUCCGUGGGUCUAAAAUUGCCUUCCGAAUCAUCAAAUAAAAGAGAAACACCGCAAACAUUUGUAGAAAAGUCUUUUUCAUAUCACAAACACUUUUCUUGGGCCCAAAAUCGAUAUGUUACUUCUGUCUUACUGAAGAUGGUAACUUGGUUAUAGAAACGUGUAUCGGCCAUCAAAUAUUUUUAAAUGAUUAUUCAUUUAAAUAACUUAAAAUUAGGAAAACGGCACAUUUAUAUUAUAUUCCAUUUAAUAGCUUUUUAUGGAACAUUAUUAUUUAUUAGAAUCUAAGAUUAUUUAUUUAUAUGCAUAUAUUUAUCACAGUCGCUGAUAUUUUUUUUUUAUUUUUAUAUAGACUAUCGAAAUUAUAAGUAUAUCUAGUAAA